CAAUCAGCUGCCAGUUCUUUCCAAAACCGUCUGUGUUCGGAAUAAAAACAACACAGCAAAUCAAUAGCAACACAAAUUCACGGCGGAAUGGCCUCACGGAUGAUUCUUUCGCCCGCACGCCGGCUGGCGAACGUGGUCAACUCGCGGUCCAUCAGCACACAGGUGUUGGCUGCCCGGUGCGCCACCAUUAAGGACGAAAUCACACACACUGGCCAGUACUACGAAGCGAACGACUACCGAAAUGCACGUUUCGUUAACGCUACCAAGGUGGUAAAUCCGAACUGGGCUAUCAAGCUGAUCGAUGAGACACCGAUUGUAAAGUCGGAACAGCGUGUGGUAUGCUGCGACGGUGGAACCGAUCCCGCUUUAGGCCAUCCCAAAGUAUACAUCAAUUUGGAUAAACCCGGUGCUCAUGCUUGUGGAUACUGUGGGCAGCGUUUUGAGAAGAUUGAUCAUCACCACUGAGCAGUGCUGGCUUGGUUGAUGGAUACCAUUGAUGCAACACAUGCUGCUUCGUUAAACCCUUUAGUCAAAUAAACGGAGGAUAUAAAACACACAAACGGUUCCCUUCCAAAACUAAUCCUCUGCGUGCCUAAGUUUCGUUUUAAUCUCGUUCUGAAUCUGUGUACAAUUAAAUACAGCUUGUCUAUCA